CCCGUUCUCACACUCGGACCGAAUGCCCCCGCCGUGCUCAGAAGAAGUUGCCAUGUGAACCAGUGCCUGUCACAGAUGUGUACAUGAUCGCUGACCGGGCUCCGCGCGAUACUCCCGGACCGUGGAGGCUGACCGGGUGGAGGGUGCCGACUCCCGAGUCACUGCCGAGGACUGCCAACACACCACCAGGCAACCAAGCACCACCCACUUGACCAUCAACAUCCUCCUCAUCCUCAACAUCAACAUGGCUGCUUCAGUACUGGACUUUGCAAGGAAGAACCUGGGACUUGCUCCCGACCCAAAGCUUAACUUUCGUUCUACCACCCUGGCCCAGCUGCAUGCCUCUGGAAGACCGAUCCCAUCGACGGAUAGCAGCUACUGGUCCAACUAUUAUACCGUCUUCGACUUCCCAUCCGACGUGCCCACCCUCAUCUCACUCAACGAGCUCCGUAAAGCCAUCAGACUCCAACCACAGAACAUCAUCACUCUCACUAGGCUACUGAUCAACAAGCUCGACAGUCUGGUCCAUUCAGAGGCCACCAGGAAAACCUUGGCAGAGCGUGAAACGCCAGAGGAACGCAAUCGAGCCGAUCUUGGCCUAUCUCCCAAGAACCUGAACAGUAACAACAACAGCACCAGUCACCAUUCAUCCAAUAACUCAUUCACAAAUCAACUCAAAGGGUUCAGCCAGAAAGUUCCCAGUACUCUCCUCAACGGCGCCGCAGAUAUCGUCGGUGUCGGUGGCUCGAAUAACAAGUUACCCAAGGGACCUCUCAGGGAGAUCCUCAAUUGCGUCAGGGUCUUGACUAGAAUCUUACCCCUACUAAUCGAGGAGGCUUCUGCAAUCGAUCUCAACACUCCCACCGCAUCCUCUUUUCCUUCCGCCGACGAUCCUCCCAACAAUCCAUCAUCAAACCCAACAACACCAACACCAACACCAACAAAAUCAAACAAUGAUAAAGCGUAUUGGAUUAAUAAUCUUCUCUGGGGGUCCGUCCAACCAGACUCACCCACGAAACAAGAAGAAGAUCUCGCUCUCCCAAACCUCCAGAACCAGCCAGCUCAGUUUGUGCUCGAUGAAGACGAAGAAGAGGAUCAGGAUUCCUCAGAAACUGUGAAAUUGGUACAAGACAAUAAACCACCACCACCAGCAGCAAUCAACUCAUCCGAUCCGAACCACGAUCAUACUCAGCGUUCCACAAGAUCGUCCACAGACAAGCCUCCCCUGCUCGUCACUCUGAUCGACACCACCCUCGACUUACUCUUCUUACCAGGAGUCUGUGUUCCGGCGGCGACCAGCCAGGGUGGCACGGGUAGUAGAUAUCCGAUCUGGACUGGCGGGAUUGGCUCUUCACAGACACCGAUGGACCAUUCACAGGCGCAUAACGCGGCCAAAGUGGAGGUGCUCCGACUGCUCCUCUCGGUGCUAUCAAAGCCGCUCUACUCGGCGCCUCAUCUCUACUCGACGGGCGGACCGUUGCUCCGAGAUAUAUUGGGCUACGCGCCUGACGAGCCGCUUGACCGGUUCCGGGACUCAUUAGGCGCGCCUAACCCCGCUCUGACUUACCUCUGCACAAAGACUUCCAAGCCGCUCUUGCUCGCCCUACUCUGUAGCCUACUCAACACCGCCCUCGCCCCUACUAAGAACAACUUCAGCAGCCCUGCAGGCGCCUUCAAUACCAUCGCUAACGGACUCGGAAGGAUUACCCAGGGCAAGAUCGGCAUUGGCGCUUCGGCUCCCACUGACUCUGCUCCCUCUGAAUCAUCUGUCUCCCUCCCUCCCACCGCCCGCAGACCAAGCUUGACCCCUCAAAAUAGUAAUAAUGGCAGUCCGAAUUAUUAUGGCGGUGCCAGCACUGCGGGGAUCUCUCAAGACCUCCCAGGAUGGUGUGCCAACGUUUUAGGUGUACUUCUCCUACCCGACCCAGCCACUAGCUCAAACGGCUCGUCGGGGCGAGCAGAUGAGGUUAAGGAUCCCGAGAAGUCGAUCGAUCGUCCCUCACCUGCCGAGUUGAAUGGGUUCCGGAUCUAUCUCUCCAAAGUCCAUCGACCGGCUGACCUCAGUUUCCUGGUUGAUAAUCUCAUGGUGAUCCUCAUGAAACCGAUGACGGUUACAUCGCAGCUACUGAACGCAGACUCGGUGGUCGGCUCGAGCGCGCUCCUUGGUGGAUCGUUUGUCAACUAUGGCUGCGGCCUCACCGAGGCCAUGGUUCUCCUCCACCUGGCCCUCGACUGUAACCCUCGUCUGAUCGGUCAUCUGAUCGGCUCCGGCAAAAUCGCACAGCUCUUCAUCGCACUCACCUUCAUCUGUCUUGAGCAGAAGGACUGUCUCAAGCCUAAGACCGGCCUUGUCAAACUUUGUGCUAUCACUCUCCAACUCCUCACUGCUCAUGAUCGCAAAGAACUCAGCCAUAUCAUAAACUCCAAGGUCGAUCUCCCCGUCGGCAUCCGCGCCCAAUACUCAGUACCUGGUACCCUGGCCGACUUCCUCAUCGUCUCGAUCUGCUCUAUCAUCUUCUCCACUUCCCAACUCUCCUCCAACAAUAAUCUUGCUGGUGGUCCUCAUGAUGCUGAGGGUGGGACUGAUACCAACUUAUACGCUACAUACACCUCUCUCGUCUUGGCCCUUACUAACCUUAGCCCCUUCCUUAAGGACCUCAGUCCCGCUUCUUCAUCGAGACUCUGUCAAUUGUUUUUAUUUUUCUCUUCCCCUGGAUUUCUGUUGAGGGAAGAUGGGAACGUCAAGUUACUGUAUUACGUACUGGAAAGUUUUAACAAUGUUAUUCAUUACCAAAUGCCAGAUAAUCCUCAUCUAAUCUAUUCGAUUAUCAAAGUUCAUCACAGGUUUGAGAGUCUAGCGACGUUUACAUUAAAGGAGGGAUUAAAAGAGAUUGAGCGGGUCAAGCAACGACGGCAGUCGAUUCAACGGAAGCAAAUGAUGAAGCAAGAUGAGGGGCGACGGGGCUCUACGGAUGGCCGUCGAGGCAGUGGAAUUCGAGAGAUGAGUGUAGAAGAAGAAAGGGCAGAGACCGGUGAAGCGAAGAAGAUCUUCGAUGUAGAAGAUCAGGAGGAAGAGGAAGAGUCAAAGCAGGCUCAAGUGCAGCAAAUGACGGAUAAGGGCAAGGGCAAGAUGAGGGAUCCAGCCGGGGCCCCAAUCCGGCCUGACCUCGUCCUCCCCCCCUCCUCCUCCUCAGUCUCCGACUCCUCUGAUCGAUUCCACCUCGUUGGAUCCAGGAAAUCUGGCUCGUCUAGGACCAGCUUCGAGCGUACCUCUGCUCUCGCUGACGACUCUUGGUCCGACAUCAAUCAUAUCCCUUCCUCUCGUCCUCUCCAGCCGAACUCUACCCCUGUUGCCAUCAAUCCUGCUUCCGUCGGUAGGAACGGAUUUGUUCCGACUGAAUCGUGGGUCGCUUCUUGGAGAGACAGUUUGCCUUUGGAUACGAUUCAAAUCAUGUUAAGUGAACUGAAACCCAAAGUGAUUCGAGAAGGAGAGGAGGGAGUCAACAAAGGCGAGACGAAGCCGAGUGCGCAAGCUCUAAACCUACUAAAAUCGGCGACGCUGAUAGGGAUGUUACCGCCAGCGAACAAGAAAUCACGACGAGCGCGACGGUUUGAAUUGAACAAUCCGAAUCCGGGGGGCGGAAUGAACUGGAUAGGCUCGUUAAUCUGGUCGAUGAUCUUCAUCAAAGAUUCCAACUCGAUCACUGCCAACUUCUUUGCCAGUCCCUCCUCGAACAACCCCUCUUCCCUCCCUCCUUCGUCUUCCUCCUCGACGACUUCCACCAGUUUGGGGUCGUAUAACAAUGAUGGAUCAAGUUCUGGUCCUUUGAGAAUCAAGUUGUUCGGCGUUAAGAUCAUCCCCAGACGCUCCUCUUCCGGUUUCGUCCUCGGACUCUUUAAACCUUUCGCAUCUAACCCCAAUCCCAAUCCUAAUUCUGGUCCUGCUUCUAACCUUCUUACCCUUCCUACUUCCCGCAGUAGUAGCUUCCUUAAUCUUUCUCAGGAACGUACCCCAACCCCUCGCGAUCGUCAUGUUUCUAAUUAACCCCUCUUCUCUUCUUCAAACCCCCAUUCUUUCAGUCCCCCCCCCCUUUUUUUUUUCUUCGUCAGUAUAGACUCCAUUUAUUUUUAUUGCUAAACCCUUUUGAUUGUUUCUCCAUUUUCUUCUUCUUAUCAUUGUUUCAUUCCUUUAAAUUGUAAUCAAAACUAACUCAAAAAAAUAACCAACAUAAUGUUCAUGAAUAUAUAUAUUAUUAUCCAGUCUUUUGUAAAAAGAUAACAUUUAUAUUUCACACUUCAAAUAUGAGAACGUUGAAUUAGGUUUUUUUUGUUCAUUUAUGUUGCUGCAUAUGUAUUUACAUACAUCAUAUGAGUGGGCAGAACAGUGGGACAGUGCAGAAUGAAAUGGUGGAUGUUUCAUGUCAUUCAGAAUAAACAAAGGGGAGGGAAACAAUAAGGCCUGGUGUAACAGGGCAAGUUCGAAGAAGCGAUGCUGCUUAUUAUGGUGCAAAUUCAGUUCUUCUUGUAUCAUUGCUUGUCAG